GUUGAUCCGGAUCCGGAUCCGCCCAGCUACAAGGCGUCACAGCACCGACAAGAUGGCCGAGAGUACGGGACGAAAGUGAGGGAGGAAAAACAAAAACACUGGCGGAGCAGAUCGUUGCCGCAGAUGCCAGCAGACCUGUAGAGCCGCCGGGGCGCGAGUCACAGCGACGGUUGAGGCUCGCGGUGAACGGUUGCGUUCGGUGCCUCGCGGAAUGCGCGGACAGGUCGCGUGCUUCCGCGCGAGCUCGCUGACGGAACGUUUGUUAGCCUGCUAACGGGCUAGCCAUGAUAGCUAGCUGACAGCACAGUUAGCGGAGAGGAUAAAGUGACAGCCGGGCGCUUUUUUUUUGUUUUUUUACUAACAAAUAGUCGUCGCUGCUUCUUUGUUCGGUUUGUUGCAGCAGUAAAAACUCCACGAGUGAGCGGAAAACACCGUCAAACGCGCCGGUUAGCUGCUAACGGCUGGUUAGCACACUAACAUUGCGGAUUUCUUUAGUUAGCAUUUAGCUCAAACGUUUGUUAGCUGGCUCAGCUGUUUUUUUUUUGUUUUGUUUUUUGGAUGACUUGGAGCUCGCUCCGACACAGUCAGCGUAUGUGGAAGGACGUUUCUUUCUUUCCACCCGAGACGGUUCUCACUGGGUCUGUGUGAGCAGCGGGGCGUCCUGGAGGAUUUGCUAACGCUACACGGGGACUGUAAACAAGAGGUGAAGCCGAGCGGCGGAGCUGAACGAGCCGCAGCAUCACCAUGGCUCAUUCUCCAGUUCAGGGUAACCUGCCGGGGAUGCAGAAUGCCAAAGCUGACCCGGAGGAGCUGUUCACCAAGCUGGAGCGCAUUGGCAAGGGUUCUUUCGGCGAGGUGUUCAAAGGCAUCGAUAAUCGCACCCAGAAAGUAGUCGCCAUCAAGAUCAUAGACCUGGAGGAGGCGGAGGACGAGAUCGAGGACAUUCAACAGGAGAUCACGGUGCUUAGCCAGUGUGACAGCCCCUUUGUCACCAAGUACUACAGCUCAUACCUGAAGGACACUAAGUUAUGGAUCAUUAUGGAGUAUUUAGGUGGAGGCUCGGCGUUAGAUCUGAUGGAGCCCGGAGCUCUGGACGAGACCCAGAUCGCCACGAUCCUGAGGGAGAUCCUCAAGGGCCUGGAGUAUCUGCACUCUGAGAAGAAGAUCCACAGGGAUAUCAAAGCUGCCAACGUGCUGCUGUCCGAGCAAGGCGAGGUGAAGCUGGCAGACUUCGGCGUGGCGGGACAGCUCACCGACACUCAGAUCAAACGCAACACCUUCGUGGGCACGCCAUUCUGGAUGGCCCCCGAGGUCAUCAAACAGUCGGCCUAUGACUCUAAGGCUGAUAUCUGGUCUCUGGGCAUCACCGCCAUCGAGCUCGCGAAAGGUGAGCCGCCCCACUCGGAGCUCCACCCCAUGAAGGUUUUAUUCCUCAUCCCAAAGAACAACCCGCCCACGCUGGAGGGCAACUACAGCAAACCGCUCAAGGAGUUUGUGGAGGCCUGCCUCAACAAAGAGCCCAGUUUUAGGCCGACUGCCAAAGAGCUGCUGAAGCAUAAGCUGAUCGUUCGCCAUGCGAAAAAGACCUCCUACCUGACGGAGCUGGUGGACAAGUACAAGAGGUGGAAGGCAGAGCAGUCUAGAACCACAGAGUCCAGUUCUGAUGAGUCUGACUCAGAGCAGGACGGCCAGGCGUCGGGCGGGAAUGAUUUUGGCAGCGACGACUGGAUCUUCACCAUCCGGGAGAAGGACCCCAAGAAGCUGCAGAAUGGGGAGGGGCAGUCAGGGGCAGACCAGACAAAAGACAUUCCAAAGAGGCCUUAUUCACAGAGCCUGGCCACAGUCAUCUCUCCUGCAUUAGCCGAGCUGAAGGCGAGACAGGAGCAGGUGAACGGUAACCCCAUGGUCCUGGAUGAGCUGAGGGAGGCCAUCCUGCUGGCCGAGGAGGCCUACCCAGGCAUCUCCGACUCCCUGGUGGCUCACAUGGUCCACAGGCUCCAGAGCUUCUCCACAAGCAGGACAUCCUCCUCCUCCCCCUAGUGAUUGGCUCUCUGCCCCAGCCCUGCUCUCCCAGGCCCCCACCCCCCCUCAACACCACAGCUAGGUCAGUGGGUUAAAAGCCAGGGUCAAGUCAUUCUCUACCAGCUGACCACAUUUGACCUCCCGUGUCGGGCGGGGGGGGGCUAAUCUAGCCUGUAAAAAAAAUUACUGGACUCCAAAGCAGAGGACAACAGAGACUCUGGAGAGCUUCUUUUAGCCAUUAAAGAGAGAAGUUCUGGGGGCAGCAGAACUCGUGACAUCGUCUGUGAAUGGGAAAAGACUCAAAAGUCAGAGCAACAGCCAAGUCGGACUCUGGGCUCUGUAUACGUGGGACUUCUCCCGAGUCUUUAACAUGGAAUUUGCUCGACGAGGAGCCCGAAAAUCUCCUCCCUCCCCCCCUCAAACACAAGAAAAGACUUCAACCCCCCCCCCCCCCCCCCCUCUUAAUGCAGGCGUCAUAUCCCCAGAACCUCUGAAAAGCAUGCUUGAUGAACCUGCAGGGAUAUUAUCUUAGUGUGUAAGCUGCGUGUGUGUGUGUGCGUGCGCGCGUGCUUCAACACACAACAACACGUGUGGGCACCUGCGAGCGUGUUUGUGUGCGUGUGCACGUGUGCUCUCGCCGUAUGUAAGACUCCCUGUUAAGGCAAAUUGCAGCAUUCUUAAUGAAACCUCAGGUAAAGUGCUUUAAGUGGACUUUGUCCUCCGAGGCAGUGGGAGGAGGAGGAGGAGGAGGAGGAGGAAGGGGUCGCCAUGCUGUACAUGAUUACGAGUUGUCAUUGCGGGAAAUGAAUCACUGUGUACAAAAUGGUCAUGCGCAUUUUGUAGAUAUUGAUAAUGUUUAAAAGUAGAUAUUUAAAGACUUCAACAGUAACUCCCAACAGACAGAACAGAAAAUGCCUUGCCUUUUCCAGAACCACGUCUGCGUUUUCGGCAUUUCAUCACACAGUUCAGUUUGUUUUCUUUUCCUCGUCGGUGAGUGAAAUUCAGUAUUCAUCAGUGUUUUCUUACUAAGCGACUGAGCUCCAAUCUUCCAUUUCAAUCACCUGCUGAAUCAUCGGACUAACUACGAUACUAAGCUUACUUUGUUUAGAGGCUUUGUUUUUGUAGUCGGGGUCGGGGGGGGGACUCUGACUUUUACUUAUGUUUAGACAAUUUAAGUCGAAAUUGUUUAGGACAAGAAUAAAGGUAGAUGUGUGUCGACAGCAGCUCUUAAUUCAGAAUAACGAUUGAGUGGAGGAGAAUUACACGGGGGGGAGCCACGCUGAUAUCGUGAAGUAUUACUUUCCCCUCGGCUUGUGAUUUCUCCUCAAAGCGGAGGUGAGGAAUAACCCGGCAUCGUGACACUCGCUCGUGGCCAAAACUAAAAAACCGUUAGAUCAAGGACAAGCCAAGCUGCAGAGAUCACCGCCAUCCUUGUUUCCCUCGCUCCAGACAUUUCUGUUCUCACUUCCACACACACACACACACACCACGCUAGAAGUGCCAUGUCCUUCUUUUACGCUUUCACCAGAUGUUUGUAGUAUGAUUUGCACCUUUUUUUUGUUUUGUUUUGUUUUUAAAAAAAAUGAAUUUUGAAUCCGUUUUUUUUGUUUUGUUUUUGUUGCACUUUGAAAGUGUCGAGUAUUUAAAGAAACCUGUAAGAGGAAAAAACACAAAAUGAGAAAAAGUUGCUAAUAGCCAUGUUUUACUAUAUGUUUACUUAAGAGUUCCAGAAUUUACUACUGUGCUAAUGCAGCAAUAAUGUUGAGGAGUUGCAUCAAGACGCACUUGUCAACACAGGGAUUGAAAGAAAUAUCUGAUAUUUUUAUAACUGCAAAGAGUUAAGUAUGGAAAUAUGGAAUGCUUUAUGGAUAUGGGCACCUGCCUCUGGCAAAAAAAAAAAAAAAUCUAUACCUUACAGAAAAACAUAUGCUACGGAAAUAACUACAAAAUGUGUACAUUUGGUCUCCUUUAUCAUAGCUGACAGUUUAUAGUACUGUAUAUAAUCUUUGCUUGUGUCAUUUGAGAAUUCCUGAGUUAAAUGUAAGCUCCUUGUAAGCUUUCAAAGUGACAUGAGAAAUAAAGAUCUAAUGCUAACUGAGAA